AUGGCUGUGUUCGGCGAGGAUGAGGGUGAUGAAAGUGAUGAGGAGUUUUGGAAAGAAGAUAAGCUUCCUCCUCCCGAACACUAUGAGGCCGAGGAGGCCAACCUUGACAUCAAGCACCUCCGGCGGCGCCGUUUGAAGCAACAGACCAUCGACGGGAUAGAUAGAGCCCGCGACCACUGGCACCAAUACUGUAAAUACAUGAAGAGAGACGUGUUCGACGCCUAUCGGGCACUCUCAAUCCAAUCCCUUAAAGGGUUCCUCAGUUGGGCCUGUGAUCAGCGUCGUGGCAAGGGCGGAAGAAGGCGUCCGGGGAUUCAAGAGGCCUACAAGCAAGACACCGGCAUCGGCAUCGACCCCCUGAUCAUGGCACAAUCACAGGAUGUGAUCGAGCUCAUCGCCGACGAGAAAAAGCUCAGCCGUAACCCGAGGCCACCAGGGACCAUGUACGUUGACGACCUUGCAGAGUACAACUGCGUGCUUCUGACGACGAAUGAGAUGGAGUUUCAGGUCGGCUGGGCGCGCAUCCAGCUGAUCCUCUACACCCAGCUCGCGGGCGUUACGCGGACAACCGGCCAGAUGCCUUGA